UUGAGUUUGUUAUGUAUACAACUCUAUUUUCUUCAUCUAGAACACUUUUAAUAUUUAAGAUAUUUAACUUAUUUUCAUCUCUUUUAUCAAGACAUAGGCAAAAGAAAAUGAAGAUAUCAUCAACUGGUUGCAUCUUUCUCCUUAUCAUCAUCUCCAUUGCCGUUGUUUUGAGUGCACCACCAGGGGGAGAAGUUGAGGACGAAACCGAGUUUAGCUACGAGGCAAAAGGACCCAAGGGGCCAGCGAAAUGGGGGACACUAAAGAAAGAGUGGAAGUUGUGUGGAAUUGGAAAACUGCAAUCUCCGAUUAAUCUUACGGACGAAAAUGUCAAAGUUACUAGUAAACUUGGAUCUCUCCGAAGCCGGUAUUUACCUUCCAAUGCCACUAUUAAGAACAGAGGACAUGAUAUCAUGUUGGAAUUUAAAGGAGGGAAUAAAGGUAUUGGUAUCACUAUUCGUGGUAUAAAAUACAAACUUCAGCAGCUUCAUUGGCAUUCUCCUUCCGAACACUCAAUCAAUGGCAAAAGGUAUGCUCUUGAGGAACACAUGGUUCAUCAGAGCAAAAGUGGACGUUUCGCUGUUGUCGCGUUUUUAUACAAUAUUGGGGAACCUGAUCCUUUUCUUCUUUCGUUGGAAGAACAUUUGAACAAGAUAACUGAUACACACGAGUCCGAGGAUUAUGUCGGGAUGAUUGAUCCCAAAAAACUCACUUUCGAAUCAAAACAACACUAUAGAUAUCUUGGAUCACUUACAACUCCUCCAUGUUCUGAACCUGUUAUUUGGUCUGUUUCCAGAAAGAUUAGGACCGUAACAAGUCAGCAAGUGGAGCUUCUCCACGUGGCUGUACAUGAUGCUUCUGAUACAAAUGCUAGGCCGCUUCAGCCAAUCAAUAAGCGCGUGGUGCAUUUAUACAUACCACCAACGGAGAACAAAUAAGUCUGUAUUAAUUUGAUGUCAACAGAAAACGAGUCUGUCAAAUUUAAGCAAAAAAAAAAACAGAAAACGAGUCUGUAUUAACCUAUACGCCAUUCGCUAUGUUGCACCAAAAAACUAUAUUAUUUUCUCAUAUAAUGUAAAACGGGUCUGACAUUACAUGUAGUUUAUCGAUUUGCGCUA